CGCGAGUGCGCCUGGGCGUUAGAAUUGCAUGCCAAGGCGCUAGUCCGGGAAUGGGUCGUCCAUCCUCUCCCACGUUCCGAGCUUUCACCAUGUUCGUUCAGCACCACGAGGUUCCAGUAUCCGUUACUCGAGACUCUACUCCUUCAAGCAAUUCCCGACUUCCAUUGUUCUCUUUCUGCCAUCAUUCAUUUGCCCGUCCUGAGCCAUCGCCCGCCAUUGUACCAUCUCAGUGACGUACCCCACGCGGUACUCUUGCAGUCCGAAAGAAGAUCUGCUCAAAUCCCUAGGCGUUACACCCCAACAUAACGAUACCGUUUUUAAGAAGAAACCAUAAGGAGAAGACAUCCGCUCUACCCCUGAGUCCGACAAUUUCUAGGGCGGAAGUUAUGGGCAGCAUGGCGGAAGAGAACGAGAAACCGGUCUUUUUCUUCGACAUAGACAACUGUCUUUACCCCAAGAGCACAAAGGUUGCGCACAUGAUGUCCGAGUUAAUCGACAAGUACUUUGAAACCCAUCUAUCACUCUCUCAAAAGGACGCCAAUGCACUGCACUUCAAAUACUACCGAGAAUACGGUCUCGCCAUCGAGGGCCUCGUCCGCCAUCACAAAGUCGACGCACUGGAUUACAACCGCAAAGUGGACGACGCCCUACCCCUUGAAGACAUCAUCAAGCCCAAUCCAGAGCUCCGCAAAUUGCUUGAAGAUAUCGACAGGAGCAAAGUCCGCUUAUGGCUCUUCACCAACGCAUAUAUCACCCACGGCAAGAGAGUGAUUAAGCUGCUGGAAGUUGAUGACUUGUUCGAGGGCAUAACUUAUUGUGAUUACGGCUCCGAUCAGUUUUACUGCAAGCCCCAUGUUGAGAUGUUCGACAAGGCUAUGCAGGAGGCUGGCGUCAAGUCGAACAAGAGCUGCUUCUUUGUUGAUGACUCCUACAUCAACAGCAAAGCGGCACAUGCGCGAGGUUGGAACACAGUGCAUCUCCUAGACGAGUCAGAUCCCGAUCCCGCUCACCCAGCUGCGAAGUACCAGAUAAGGAGUCUCAUAGAGCUUCGGCAUGUCUUCCCACAAUUCUUUAAGAGCACGGCUACCGUGGAGUAGGAGAGGUCUUAGACCUCCGAAAAUCAUGUUUGUUCUUGCGACCGUCAGUAUUACCGCCUUAGGUAGUACCAGCAGGGAAUACCAUGGAGGGUCUCUAUAGACUUUGAGAGGAACCAACAAGAAGCAUGAUGCAUAUAGAGCACACUAGACACAACUCGCUUUCCGCCAAAAACUUAGCAGUCUCACCA